AUGAAGCCCAGCAAGGCUGAAGGCCUGAACGUCCAGACAUCUGUCAGGAAGCCUGAAGAGAGAGGACUCAGUACUGGCCAGACGAUCCUGUCAACGUGGAGAGUUGACCAUGAGAAUCCAAACAACAUCAGAAUUGUUCUGAUCGGGAAAACUGGCAGUGGAAAGAGUUCAUCAGGAAACACCAUCCUGGGUAGAGAAGAGUUUCAAGCAAAAAUAAGUCUAAGAUCUGUCACAAAGCGAUGUGUGAAGAAAAAGACUGAAAUGGAUGGACGGCCAGUUUUUGUGGUUGACACACCUGGACUUUUUGACAACAGUUUAAGCCUUGCAGAAGUUCAGGGUGAGCUGGUGGAGUGUGUUACUCUGGUAGCUCCAGGUCCUCAUGUCUUCCUGCUGGUUGUACAGAUCGGCAGAUUCACACCAGAGGAGAAGGAAACGAUAGAAAUGAUCAAGAAAAUCUUUGGGAAGAAUUCAGAGAAGUUCACCAUCGUUCUUUUAACUGGAGGAGAUUUCUUAGAAAGAGAUGGCCUCACUGUUGAAGAUUAUAUUCAGAAUGAAAGUGAUGAUUCUUUCAAUAAGCUGAUUGCUGACUGUGGAGGAAGAUACCAUGUGUUUAAUAAUCAUGCUGUAGACAGCCGAGCUCAGGUCAGAGAGCUGAUCAGGAAGAUCGAUGACAUGGUGAAGACGAAUGGAGGACUCUGCUUCACCAACGAGAUGCUGCAGGAGGCUGAAGCUGCCAUACAGAAGAAAAUGCAGGAAAUUCUAGACAGAGAAGAAGAAAUGAAGAGGAAGAUGGAAGAACUUGAAGGAAAACAUGCAGCAGAAAAAGAGAACAUGAACAGAAUACUUAAAAAACAGAAAGCAGAAAAUGAACUGCAAAGAAAAUCACUCCAAGAAAUGGAGGAGAAUAUCAGGAGAGAAAAUGUGCAGCGAAAGAAAGAGCAGGAAUACAGAGAGGAAGAAGAGAAGAGGUGGGCAAUAAAAGAAGAAAUGGAAAAGAUAAAGUUGAUGAAUGAGCUGGCAGCUUUGGACAAAAUAAUUAAAUCAGGAUUAUAUAGUAGAGGUACUGAGCAGUCCCUGGAGAUAAAGAGACGAGAUCUGGAGGGGAAAGAAAGGCUGAUGGAGAAAGAAAGACGAGAGUGGUGGGAGAAAAGACACCAGGAAGGAAAACAGAGACAGCUGGGGGAGGAGAUGAGAAUUAAUAAUCUCAAAGAAGAAUAUGAAAAGAAAAGGGAACAAUAUGAAAACUCUAAAAGAACUGAAGAAAAAAUUCAAAGAGAACUGCAUGAAAAGCAGAUCAGACAACUGGAGGAGAAACACCAGAGAGAAAUGGAAAACAUGAGAAAAAGAUUCAUGGAAGAAGUUAGAAAGCAAGCAGAACUGGGGGGAAUGGGAAAAGUCUACAGUUCUUACAUACCAUUCCUUAAACACUUGGAAAAAACAUGCAAACUGCAGUAAUAAUUCAUCCCUUUGUAAACACAGCAGUGCUCAAGUUACAUUUACAUGAUAAAAACAGAAAAAAAUAAAGACAAAGUCUUAUAAGAACUCUCAACGUUUAUCGUUAAAUUUGU